GAAUAAAUGCUUGAUCAUUGUUCAUGUUUAAACGGAUAUAUUUUUUUUGUAGCAGGGUCUUUUUGUUUCGCCUCUUUUUUGGUUACGACAACCUUAAAAUCACAUAUAUAUUCCUUAUUACCAGGGUCUUAACUUGAACUUUAAUAAAAGUAUUUUAUAAAAAUGGCUGAAAUUGAAGAACAUCAUUUCGAAACCGGAGAUUCUGGUGCUUCACAAACUUAUCCUAUGCAAUGUUCCGCAUUGCGUAAAAACGGUUUUGUUUUGAUCAAGGGUAGACCCUGUAAGAUUGUUGAAAUGUCAACUUCCAAAACUGGCAAGCACGGUCACGCUAAAGUUCACAUGGUUGGCAUUGAUAUUUUCUCCAAUAAGAAAUAUGAAGAUAUCUGUCCAUCUACUCACAACAUGGAUGUUCCCCAUGUAAAGAGAGAGGACUUCCAAUUGACCGACAUCAGUGAUGACGGUUAUUUGACCUUGAUGUCCGACAAUGGUGACAUCAGAGAAGAUCUUAAAUUGCCAGAAGGUGAUUUGGGUACCUCUUUGAGAGCCGAUUUCGAUAACGGCAAAGAACUUUUGUGUACUGUCCUCAAGUCUUGCGGCGAAGAAUGCGUUAUUGCUGUUAAGACUAAUACUGCUCUUGACAAGUAGAGUGGCGUUAGUGUGUCUUAAGAAGAGUUCUUUUUUUUACGAAUAAUAAAAAAUUAUAAUAAAAAUAUGUUGUGUUUUUACCAUCUAUAUAACAUCAACAGCUCUAACAAUGUAACAAACAACAUUAUUCAAAUUAGAAGAUUGAAGAAAUAGAAAAAAGGAUUUGUUAUAAUAAUAAAAAAAACUCUAGUUGCUGCAAAUUUCUUUUGCAUUUAAAUGUAUAAACAAAACAUACAAUUUGAAGUAUAUUUUUAAAAUAGUCUGUUUUUAUAAUAACUUUAUAAUAUGAUCCUCAUAUAUAAUAUAAAGGAGUUAUCUUUAGUUUUUUUUUUCCAAAAAAUGUCAAACACUUCAACCAACCAACUAUUAUUAUAAUAAUAAGAGUCGCUGUUGUUUUUGUUGUCGUCAGAUUAUUCCAACUUAUUAUUUUUUAUACAUAUAUCCUAAAAAAAAACAAAAAAUAUACUUCGUCAAGAAUUUAUUUUAAUAAAAAGAAAAACAAAACAGAA